AUGCUGUCUGCCUCGCCCCCAUCUCUGAUCACCAGCUCCUCGCCUCAGGCCGCCGACGCAACUGCCCCAUCUCUCGAACGAUCUUCCAAACGCGCCCAGGCUCUAGCUCCGACAAGGUCCUACGGGGAGUCCCAGGGCGGUGGCGGCGGCAACGAGGGGCCUUGCACGCCCGCCUCGGUCGCAUCACCGCGCACCACCUUGGCCAAGCCACGUCUGCUCUGGAAGAGCUCGCUUACGCUCCCGGACGGCACCCUCCUGCCCGGUAUCGCCUUCGCUUCCCACAUCGACCCGUUCCAACAUCGACCGGAUGCCGCGUUCGGCAUUGCAGGCGACUCCGCCUUUGGCGACCAGGGCGCGCUCAGGGGCCAGCUCGAGGCCGAGGAGAGCCUCUGCCUGGCCCUCGAGAUGGUCCGUCAUCGCAGCUUGCGUAUCACGUCCAUUCUCGAGGAUCGCGGAGCCCGGCCUGCCUCUCCGGAUAGCUUUCCAACCGCCGGCGCCUCGAGAGGCUUCUCGCGGAGCAGCAGCAUGCCCCAGCCAUCCCUAGGCGGCCAUUCGCAGCCGGUCCAGAGGCCCUCGGCGCAGCUUGGCGGCACCAAGGAGACCCACUGGCUCGCCAGCGGAGAGAUUCGCGUCUACAUCAACCCGAGCGAGCUCUCGACAGUCACCUUCUUCGAGCGACACUUUUGCUCAGAUGCCGAACUCGUCCCCGGCUCAGCCGGGACGCCGCCGAGGAGCAAGAAGAUCUUCACCAUCUCCCUGGACAGCAGCAUCGACGGCGAUGCCGCGUCCGGCAGCGGCCUCGGCCCGAACCGCCGCCAGUCUGGUGGCUCCUCGGCCGCGUCGGAAUUUGCAAUCUUCGGCCAGCUGCUUGAAGCGCCCCCGACGACGCCAGACGUUUCCCGCCGUCUCGACUACUUUGGUUCCGCGCCCACGACCGCCGCAAAAGAGGCGCCACCACAAGCAGCCAAGGUGCUGAGCCUCGUGAUCGGAAGGAGGGUCGUCGUUGCCCGCAAGCCGCCCUCGGACACCGCCGUCCUGGGCUCCGGCCGCGGCAGGGGCUCGAACGCUUCUGCGACGCUCGACUCGGUCUUUUCGCAGGCGGGUCUGUCACUUCCGCAGUUUGGCCUCGGACCACCGUCUCUCGGGCAGCGUCCGGAUGACCCGCUGCCGCGUGGAUCCAUUGCGUCCCUGCUGCAAGCGCGGGCGCUCAAGCGGACGAGGUCGGUCGCCGGCGCAGCGACUACCGAAAUCGACGACAGGCGCGGAACUUCGCCCCUCGGUAGCGAUCAGGCCGGGUCGAUGGCGCCGCCGAGUCGUCGAGGUUCGCAGGGCCAGGUGGCAUCGGCCGUCCGAGGCACCUCGAGCAACAGUGGCGGCGAUGGUCGCGACGAAGGGCGCAGCCUACCUUCGGCCCGAUCUGGCCUGCCCCGAGGUGCGAUCAAGGCUGUCGCGUCCAACAACACGCCGGGCCGGCGCGGCGAGAAGCGGCCGCGCAGGCUGCUGGCCAUCGACGAGGUCAUCGAGGAGCAGGAUGUCGACCGUCAGCCGGCAGGCCGCGCCACUACGUCUCCCAGCAAGCGGCGAGGUCCAAAGGCGGACCGUGUGCAGCUGGACGGCAGUGGCAGCAGCUUCCACGCACGACUGCUAGCGGCGUCGCGCGGCAGCAUCAGCAGCAGCGCUCGUCCUUCACCCGCGCCCAGCGAUGUCAAGAGCGAGGCCAUGACGCCCGAGCUCCCGUCGCUGCCGCUUUUCGACACGCAGGAGGACGCCUCGUUCCUCUCCCAGCUCGGAACUCAGCAGCGGCAGCAGCCGAACUCGGCCUCGCUGACCGCGGCGCCGCUCAGCCCGGUGGAGAGGUCGAACCGGACCAUGAUCAAGAAGCUCGUCUACUCGAUCCUGGUCACCGAGCGCGGGCUGCGCAAGGGCGACGACGACUUUGCGGCGUGCUACACGCAGGCCUACUCCGGCACGUGGUGCGCCUUUCGCAGGCAGGGUCCGUCGCAGCGGCUCGACAGAGCGGCCGUGGAGAGGGUGGUGCGCAUCCAUCUCGACAUGUACGUGGAUGGACCGCCCCCGUGA